UGCACUUUCACAAUCAAAUCAACUGGGGUGUGUUUAGUAUCUACUGCACAUAUUAAUGAAAGCUGCAUUAUCUUUGUUAUUCAGUCAUUUUUCGUCCUGUGAGAACUGGGUGCAUAUCCCUAUCGAUAAACGACGGUAGUCGAAUCGUAGACUAUUAGCUGUGCGCUUCCUAGCUUUGAAUAUCUGAAUGCUAUUGAAUUUCUUAUCAGUGUAAGAAAGUGAAAGUGAUUAUUUAGUGGCAAUCUCGUUAGAACUUGGUGCAUGUAUAUUGCUGGUGUAAAUUACGAAAAUUACGUUCCGCCCAGUAAAAUAAUGUGCGGUGCAAUAUAAACAGCUUUGAAGUAUUUUCGCCGAAACCGUAUUAAAAGUGCAUCAAUUUCCAAAACUUGCAGGUUAAACAUGAUACAUCGAAAGCAAAUUGCGGCAGUUCUUCUUGCUACGGUGUUACUGUUAGUCAAUAGCAUACUUGGUGAAAAUGUUACCUCUAUCAUACCACCGACAAUGCAAAGUACGUCUGAUACAGCCCACACAACCACCGGUCUAGCACAUACGACACAACAGCAUCAACAUUACCAGUAUGCAACAUCGACUGUGCAGCUAAACGCACUUCCUACCGAGCAGACGGGCUCGGUUACCGUUGGCCAGCCGGGUGGAACCGUCGCUGGAUUGUAUGUUAGUACCACCAUUGAUCCUAUAUCCACACAGCAAUCGACCGUUUCUCCGCUGUAUAUAUCGAACAUGUCUGCUUCCUUUGCACCGGCAACUCAAAUAUCCUUACGGCAAGAUUUAGUCGAUAGCUUGCCGGUCGACGUUUUGCAGAUCGAGGAAAAGCAGCUUGGGCCGGGAGGACCAAAUCAGGCGGAAAGCGUGGGCAUUCAGCGAGCGCUGUGUUGGCUGAGGGAGAAACGGUUGCCCGACUACAGUUGGGGCAACGACACGCACAUGGUAAUUCUGGCCAAAGAGUUGUCCGGAGCCCGCGACCCAACGGAUAAUGAUAAUCCUAUACAGGCGGUAUCAGACUUGGAGAACCUGUUGUCCAUCAAGCAGAUGGAUAUUGAGGUGUUGACGAUGCUCGACCGGCAUCAUGCUACAGCGAAGCUACCGCAUACCGAUCACAUUGCCAAGUACAUCUUGGCCAUGGGAGGUCUCUGCAAGGAUGCACGUCAUUUUUACGGUCACGAUUUGGUAGCCGCGCUGGAGCAUCAUGAGCACGAUCAGGGACAAGAGUAUGAGUUUGCGUUGACAGCACUAGCCAUAUGCAGUUCUGCCACACAUGUGCGAAAGCGUCAAAUUCGACGACUGUUGGACAUAGCUAGCGGAGAGGUGAACGAUGUUGAUACGAUUGCCAUGGUGCUGUUGGCACUCCGUUGCAUAGUAACCGAUCAUCGUCACCGACAUUUGCAGCAUUUUGUUCGUCGUCCUGCUCGGGGUUUGGCUAGCUUGCAGGGGCCGCAGGGUAGCUUUGGUUCGCUGCGGAGCACGGCACUAGCCAUGCAGGCGCUGCAAGAUUUGGAGCCCGAUCCCGCCGGCAAAUGGAAUCGAACUGCCGCAUCGGAGUGGUUACUGGCUAAGCAACGUACCGACGGAGGCUGGACGGAGGAACCGCUGCAAGAUGGACAGGAUCCUAGCAUUGGCAUCGGAUUAACAGCUGAUAUCGUACUUGCGCUUGGUUGGCGGGGAUUGGGAGCCGUUCGAGCGCUGCAAUGCGAUCACGUAAUGCGCGAAUCCAACGAACCAUCGGAAAAUGGCGAGCCGAAGCUAGCUGCCCCGGUUGGGCUCGGUAUUUCGCCCGUAGAAGAGCUGGAACCAAGAAACGUUUCAUAUACGUACACCCUGUGGGUGGGUACAAACGAAACUGAGGAGUAUUUCCUCGAUUUGACGUCACCGAAAAAUACAACAUUCUUCCGGGCCAUGAAGCAAGCGGCAGAAAUAGAUCCUAGGUUUUCGUUUGAAGCACGUGAAUGGCCCAACGGACACUACGUUCACACGUUGGCUGGAAUGAAGGAGGAACCGAAAAGCUAUCACUUUUGGCUGCUAUAUCGCUUGCCCGAAAGGCCAGACACAAAAAAUCCGCCUGGUAAUCAGCUAAUAGCUCCGCUAGGGGUGGAUGAGCUGUUAGUGGAAGAUGGAGAACACUAUCUCUACUGGUACAAAAAGCUUUAAGCUUUGAUUUUCUUCGAUUCUACAAAUCUGAUAAGAAUAGUAAGCAAUAAGAAACAACAAGUAACUUCAGCGCCACCAAUAGUAUUGAUCAACAGUAGCAGCGAUUAAAACAGCAAUAAAGUAUGUAACAAAUGCAAAUAAAGCGGUUGCAGCUUUCUGUAUGAGACUGGAAAUGAGCAAAGCUGCAGCAUCUCUAAAUGUAGGUUAGAUGAUCAAAAGUACACAACAUCACGAAUUUUGCGAUGAGCAAUGUUUCGAACUUUCCAGCACAACAUACGAUCUAGUUACACAGUUAGGUUGAAUAUGAGUGGUCAAAUGCUCAAACCGGUCCGAUCACGCGUCAGAUGAUACAUACAGAUGAUACUGACGCUUCAAGGAAAAACAUCGUUUGCUCAACAGUCAGGUUAAGAUGCUGACGAAGAGUGCUCCGUGUAAUGAAACAUAAUUACGAUUUACGUAGUAAUACCAUAGAAAGUAUAUGUACCAGAAGAAAUACGGGACGGAGGAAGGAAGAUCAUGUGAAUCGACAGUCUUCUCUCCGCUUGCUGGCAAGGGACGGAUGAGGGAAAAUUAAAUAAUAUGUGGACCAUCCGUAAAUGAGUAUAAGGAAGAAUGUAAUGAAGCUAUGAACAAACACGAUAUAUUGAGCCACCUUACAAUCCAUAGGCGGUAUGAACAUGAUAUAACCGUAUACAAACAAUUAUACAAAAUAUACAUAAAUAUCUAUAUACAAAACCGUAAAUGAAUAUAUAUAUACACAUAUACAUAUACAGCCGUAAAAUAUACAUAUAAAUACAAUGCAAAUGCCGAAGCAUGGUAGGAACGCUAAAACAAUGGUAAAAACACAACUAACCAGUAAGCCAUCGUUUGUAUGGUCAGUCAGCAAAAAGGAGGGCGCCUUUGCAAUUGUGCAGGAGUUUUUUUUUUUUAAUUUGGCCUAUAACGGAUCUAGCGAAGUGAAUUAUUGCUCAAGCAGCACCAGCAAA